CCUCUACCUAGGUCGCUCAGUCACUUUCACUGCUCGUCUACUCUAUAAAAUAAUGAGUUUUUUCUAUCUCAAUCUCCAAGCUAAGACAGACUGACGUACAGGACAAAAGCAAUGACUCAAUCAACAUCACCUCACAUCGUCCGCCUCGAUGCCAUCCAUUGUCCAGAUUCCACCUUCAAUUCCACUUUCAAGCACACAUACGCUGCAUACCAGAAGACGCCCCCAACGGACGACAUCAUAAUCCAACAUCUCACCUCUCCAAAGCCUGCCAAUGUCGCCAUCACCACUCGAAUUCCCAUCUCCGAGAAGACUCUGGCAGCAUGUCCAGACCUCAAGCUCGUUUGCGCCAUGGCCAUUGGUGUCGACAUGAUUGAUCUCGCAGCUUGCAAGAAGUAUGGCGUGAGAGUGUGUAACGUACCAGCAGCGAGUAAUGAGAGUGUUGCUGAGCACGCCAUUGCGCUGUUCUUUUCGCUGAGGAGACAGGUGGUUAGGAUGCAUGAGUUGACGUUUCCGGGGGUGGAUUGGCCGCUGAGAAUGAGUUUGAAGGAUGAGUUUGGAGAAUGUCCGGGGACUUGUAGGGAGGAGAUUGUGACGAUCUUGGGAGGUGGAGAAUUGGGUGGUCGAGUCGCAAAUAUCUGCAAAGCCUUGAAUAUGAAGGUUCGCUUUGCCGAACGCAAAGGUGUUGCCGCAAGCGAAGUACGAGAAGGAAGGAUGGCAUUUGACGAAUGUAUCCGAUCCAGCACAGCUUUCUUCCUCACAUUACCGCUUUCACCUGAAACACUUAACAUGAUAUCCAGCGAAGAGCUUGCGGCCAUGCGAUCGGAUGCAUUGAUCGUGAACGUAGCUCGUGGCGGGAUCAUCAAUGAAGAAGCUCUGGUCGAAGCACUGAAGAAGAGACAGAUCUUGGGAGCAGCGACAGAUGUGUAUUUCGAGGAGCCAGCAGGACUAAAGAACAGUACUUUGGUCAGAGCAGCGAAUGAGUGGACGAAGGACGAUUCAAUGAAAGGCAGAUUGGUGCUGAGUCCUCAUUUGGCGUGGUGGGCGAAAAGCAGCAUUGAGAAGUUGAGGACAACUGUUGCUGCCAAUAUUGAAGCUUGGGCUGGAGGCGAGGUCAAGAAUGAGGUGUUGUAGACGUAUAGAUUUGCAAGGAGUUGCUUCUCAUUGCGCGAGCUGAUGAAUGGUACAAAAUAGAUAGAUCAAUAGAAGCAGUUCUGAAAGGC